UGUCGCUUCGUAGUCGGGACUGUUUUGAUGCAGUUGGGGGAAAAUGUUGGCAGAAAAAAAGCGUUAAAACAACAUCAAAGGCGUUGGCGUAUGAGUGUUUGAUACUAUACUAGAAUUUGUCCGGUACGGAUGCGUCUAUAUGAGAGCCAAAAUAGUCCGUUUAUUGAUGUUUCGCUGCUCUUUAGAGUCGCGGGCUACUGUUUUUAGCCCCAGGAAUCUGGCAUGUUGCGAAUUCCGCAGCCCCGAGGAACGAAUGUCGAGAAUGCGUCAAGCUAGCACGAUAUUUUGAUACUCAGUUUAUUAUUAGCUAUGAACGUUACACGUUUAGGCCUAUCGUUUUAUCUCCUGUGUUCACGUGGACCGUACAGUUAAACAUUUUGAGAGUUGUCGUUCAGUCGCUGCUGCGGUCGGACACGGGCCGAAAUGGACACCUCAGCACCAUCACCCCGAGCACACUUCUAGCGGCGACAUUUCCAACUCCAGUCCGCCUCGUCCCGGCUCUGCUGCAACACACAUGAAUCCAGACCGCGGCUCUCUUUGUUUUCUAUGACACACUCAAUUUAUGCCCAGCUAGAUUCGGUGGAAUCGCUCUUGGAGGAACUCCCCUAUAUGUUUUAUCUGGGCCUGUUUUUUGUCAACGUCCUGAUCCUCUACUAUGCCUUUCUGAUGGAGUACAUUGUCCUGAAUGUGGGGAUAGUGUUUCUGCCCGAGGACAUGGACCAGGCGCUGGUGGACUUAGGGGUGCUGUCCGACCCGGCCUCCGUCCCCUAUGACACGGACACGGAGCUGGAUGUGUUUGAGGGCUACUUGGAGUGAGGAGGUGCUGAUGCAGAGGCCCGGGCUGCAUGUGGAGGUGAACACACCCUGGAUCAGUGAUGAGGGAGGAGACUGGCUCAGAGCGGCUGCUGGGGCUGCCUUCAGGUCGGACAGACAUCAGCGUGAAAAAGUUGUCUCAUCUCAAGCAAAGGUAGCCUGAGGGAAGAUUCAGAACCUCCUGUCAAAUGGACAGCGAUUGUCUUGGGGGAAGAUUUUUCUCUCCUGGUUCAGCUGAUAGUGAACCUGACGCCACUUUAAAGCGAUUUUCAUAGGUCAGACACUGGGGGGCUGGCGUUGCCAUCUGAAUCCCUCACUUUGGAUGCAAUAAAGGAGAUUGGAAUCAAGCAAACGUCGCAGAGGGUGCUGCUCCCUGGAGAUGGAAAAUGAAUGUUGGUGGAGAUCUGGGGCGUUGGCCAGGCUGCCUACAUCACAGGCAGUUCAGACCCAGCGGCCAAUGGUUGUGCUCCGGAUCACCCACUGAUUACACAAAUAUCAGACUGAUUUACUGUGCGGCUGAUUGGCUUUUAUGUCAAACGCCUAUCCAGUCAUUGCAAAAUUUGACAACUGACUUGAAAUUGAAAGAGUUGAAGUAUGCCAGCUGAGUCAGAGCAUGUUGUCCUCUGCACAGCUGGCUGUCUCAGAGGUUCUGGCGAAAUGCAGGAAAAAAAAAAAAAACGAUGUCCAUGAAAACCGUAGUAUGCCACACACUUAAUCACUCUUAGGCCAACUUGUUUUUAAUCAUUUGUCCUUUUUAAUUUUUCAGAAUGCAAGAAAAAGCAUUUGGAGCGAAAAAGUAUCUCAUUGCUGCUUGGCAGGCUCACUUAUCCUUAAAGCGUGACUUGAAACGUGUCCUCUGCAGUCUUGCGUAUGUCUACGUCAGGGAUGUACAUACACUCAGGAGCACUGUUAGGAACUCGGGGGGCCCAAUGACAAAGUGUGACACUGGACACAAGCCGUAAAACUACAGGAAGGCCUUUUGAUUAAACCCAUGCGGGGCCUUCCUGUAGCUCGUAACGCUGUGAAUCACACUCGCCACAGUCAUCAUUACAUGAGUAGGGAGGAAUAAGCUAGUCUUUCCUUUGAUAUGUCCUUGGUUGACCCACACCACCAACCAACUGGGUCAAAUUUAAUUUCUGUCCACAAUAAAAAAAAAAAAAGUAUUAAAAGUCAGAGAUAAGUUAUGACUGCUUUGUCAAGAGCCAGCCAAAUAUUCAACCGUUCUUAAUAUGAAUAGUGUCAAAGGUAGAAACCUCAUUCGAAAGAGAACCUCAGAGCAAGUGCUUCAGAUAUUUGACUUGUUUAGUUUUCUUUGCAUUAAUAUCUGAAAUACUACAAAUGUGUCUAAGACACCUAGGUUAGACUCUAAGCAUGAUCUUUGUUGUGUGUUUUUUUUUUAUUUGUUUUAGAUGUGAGAUUUUUAUUUUAUUUUAUUUUAUUUUAUUGCACUUUCUCCUUCUACUUUGUGUUCUGAAUUAAGAAUUCAUGGAACAUGACUCCACUUACAUUAAAUGUGUGUUCUUGGCAGCAAUAAACUGGAUGAAAACAGCUGGAUGAAAACAUAGCCAUGCAGGUCAGAUUUUGUAGAGUCAGGUGAGGAGUUCAUCCACCUGCUGGGGUAUGUUAUGCAUGCAUUGAAGGAAGACUGAGCCAUAUUGGUUCAGUUUGAUUUGUCAUAUCUCAUGCUUUUAAUAGGAUGGGUCAGUUGAGAUGUACUUGACAUUUGCAAGCCAUGGAAGUGCUUUACAUACUGUAAAUCUGUGUUCAGAGUCAAACUAAACAUUUAAUUUGGUGUGUACAGUCCCUCUAAAGCAAUACAGCAGAACUUUGCUUUAUCUGAACCUCAGAUUUCAAAACCAACUCAUCUGCCAAUUAAGAAAUUGUGCCUAAUCAUUCCAGUUUCUUUCUUUCUUUUUUUUGUUAGCCAAUUAAAUAACUAAAACUGUACAAAACUGUGACAAAAAUAUUUCAAAAUGUUUGUACAUGCAUUUUUCCCCCUUUUUAACAUGUUUAAGUCUGAAGAAGUUUGUCAAGAGUUUUGAUGCCUGUCAGUAUUGUGUUAUUCUCCCAGACAACCUCACACAAACAAGAUUCCUCCGCAUUCAGACUUUGCUUCAGAUGCCACUCAAAACAACAGUUUGCUCACUCAGCUUCAGUCGGUACAUUAGUUAAAGCCAGAUGGGUUGUACACAGCAGACAAAUUGCUUGAAAACUGUGCACUGGUAACCAUUAUAAUAACACUCUUUGUAGCUACACAUGCAGUUUAAAGGUUUGAGUGAAAACUUGGUGCAGCAGUUUGAACUGUCUUAAGAGGGAAUUGAGAACAAAAAGAUAACAGGAAGACACUGAUGCAUCAUGUCAUUAUAAACCGAUUUCUACAUCACAGUCCCUGCAAUAUACAAGGCACUGUUCUUCAGAGUGAGAUGGUAUCAGGAAGACUCAACAAAUGUGAGGUUUUGAAGGUCGAUGCUGAUGGAAGUUGCAAAUAACUGAUAUUCUGUGCUGAUGUUCAGUGUGUUUCAAUUCGGCCAUUUUUAUGCCCAGAAAUUAUUUUUCCCAGAAUUUCACUCACCAAGAUGACAGUGCAUCUCAAACAGCGUUUAGACCACAGGACAUUUAAAACUCAGGAUAAUAUUAUUAAUGAUAAACAUCUUCAUGCGUACCUGUAUGGAAUCUGACAAAAAUUGCACAUCAGAAUGAAUUCAAGGGCUUCCAAUAUCAACAACUAGUAUAAUGAUCAAUUCUACUAUAAAUGUGUAAUCAAACUCAUGUUAUAGGCUGACAACACUGACUGGCCUGUGUUCAGUUUGUAACAAAAGGCCGACACUAAUUCCCAGAUGUGGGUAAUGAGAAGGUAAAAACGGCUUUCCAUAAUCAUCUGAGAAAUUGUGGCUUCAGCAGCCAGAAAUGUUUUGACUGGGCAGUUUUCGUUUUAUAAGAGAGAAGGAUUUUGUUUCACUGGUGUCAGUCGCAGGUGAAAGACUCAGUGCUGUUCACACCAGUUCACAGGCCUGAUCCCAUACUGUGCUGGUCAGGUGUUUUGGUCAGGCUCAGCCGCGGGAAAAUCCACGGAAACCCAUGAAAUUGUAUUGAAUAGACACUCUGAUCGACAGAGGACUGUGAUGGAUGGCGGCCAGGCUCGAGAUCAAGGUCAUCAACAUACAGCCUUUUACCCAGAGCUUGUAUUACUGUCCCUCCACUGCUGUUUCCUCGCAGACAUGCACCUGCUAGAAUAAGCUAUGGAUCAUAAAGUUUUAUUUUCCACUCUGUAUUUAAUAAACAAUGAGUGAAUGCCAA